GUCGUGAGGGGCGCCGCCACUUUACGGCUGCCUCUCCCAGAUGCGAACCCGGGAGCGCCCGCCGCCGUCAGCCGUGUCUCUGAGAGUCGGCCCGGAGCAGAGUGAGAGAGCCGGUGCGCCGCUGCCCUCUCCGCUGCUCCCGUUCUGGCCUCCGGCGAUGUGAUCGCGAGGAGGCUGCAGUGCCCCCUGGCCCGGGGCUGAGACGGGCAGCAGGUGUCUGCGAGGCGGGCGGGUGCCGGGGGCCAGCAGGAUGGAGGAGAGUAUGGAAGAGGAGGAGGGGGGCAGCUACGAGGCGAUGAUGGACGACCAGAACCACAACAACUGGGAGGCCGCCGUGAGCGGCUUCCGGCAGCCCCCGCCGCCCCCGCCGCCGCCGUCGUCGAUCCCAGCCCCUGCCCGAGAGCCCCCGGGAGGGCAGCUGCUGGCGGUGCCCGCGGUGUCCGUGGACAGGAAAGGCCCCAAGGAGGGACUGGCGAUGGGGCCGCCGCCACCGCCGGAGUCCAAUGGGGUGAUCAUGAUGUUGAAGAGCUGUGACGCGGCCGCCGCCGUGGCCAAGGCGGCCCCUGCCCCCACCCCCAGCUCCACCAUCAACAUCAACACCUCCACCUCCAAGUUCUUAAUGAAUGUUAUAACUAUUGAAGAUUAUAAGAGCACAUACUGGCCAAAAUUGGAUGGUGCCAUAGAUCAACUUUUAACCCAGAGUCCUGGUGACUAUAUCCCUAUAUCCUAUGAACAGAUAUACAGUUGCGUGUAUAAAUGUGUAUGCCAGCAGCACUCAGAACAGAUGUACAGUGAUCUGAUUAAAAAAAUAACUAAUCACUUAGAGAGAGUCUCAAAGGAGCUGCAGGCCAGCCCUCCCGAUCUCUAUAUCGAAAGAUUUAAUAUAGCUCUCGGACAGUAUAUGGGAGCGUUGCAGAGCAUUGUGCCUCUUUUCAUAUAUAUGAAUAAAUUUUACAUCGAAACCAAGCUUAACAGAGACUUAAAGGAUGAUCUUAUAAAGCUGUUUACGGAACAUGUUGCAGAAAAGCACAUUUACAGCCUAAUGCCUUUACUUUUAGAAGCCCAGUCAACACCAUUUCAGGUCACACCUUCAACUAUGGCAAAUAUUGUGAAAGGCCUGUAUACCCUCAGACCAGAAUGGGUUCAGAUGGCUCCAACUCUGUUUUCUAAAUUUAUUCCAAACAUUCUCCCGCCGGCGGUAGAAUCUGAACUUUCUGAAUAUGCUGCUCAAGAUCAGAAACUUCAAAGAGAACUUAUACAGAACGGUUUCAUGAGAGGCGACCAGUCCCGGAAGAGAGCUGGGGAUGAGUUGGCUUAUAACAGCUCGUCAGCAUGUGCAAGUUCCCGAGGCUACAGAUAGUGAAUGUAUUGAAUGUACUUUGGUUCCUGCAAAGAGGACACACUGGAGCUGCAGACUCUUCAGAGCACAGCGGGCGUCCUGUACACACACAGGAGCUCUGUCACAAAGCUGUUCUUGGGAGAAGAUGUUGGACUUCUGACUUGAGUUUGUAAUUUUAAAAAAAACAAACAAAAAAAAAACAGUUGCUGCUAGACUUUGGGAUGAUAUGGAAAUGGGGCAGCCUCUUAAUGAGUUUAUCUAUGGAUUUCAUGAGGAACAGGCAUCUUGGAAAGUGACCACUGCUAAGUGAGAACCGGCAGCCAAAAUCAGCAGCUUCCUCCAAAAAUAUAAGAGAAGAAUAAUCUUUCUAUUUUACAGCACUCGUUUUGUUCAUUCGUGGACUUGGCUCUUUGGUGUAUUGGUUUCACAUGUCAAGAUAUCUUUUGCUUUGAAAAACAAGCAGAUCAUUACAAUACAGUAUUUUUUGCCCAUAACCAAAACAACCCCUUUUAAAAGAGUUGGUCUUUGUUUAGCAUUAGAAAGUCUUGUUAAAGAAAACUACUAACUCUGCUUUCGCUAUACCUUUUCCCUCCAUCAGUUCUCUUUUCUACUCUGUGCCUUGAGCUUUGUGCACUUUGCAACUGUGUGACCAUAUAAAACUUACAAAUGCUUCCUGAAGAAGUUAACGGUAUCAAAAAAGAACCCACCGAGAUGCUAGGUGUGACUUCGGAGCACCAUGUUAAUUAAGUGGGAAAAUAGAAACACGUUACACAUUGGUCAGACUCUCCCCCUGCUUCACUAUUAGCAUCUUCAUGUUGGUGUCAGGGACCAACUCGUGUAGAGCAUUCUCACUCUCUCCCUUAACACGGUAUCACCAGCUGCUGUGAUGAUUGUCAGUAUGCUAGUUUGGGGUGGACGCCUCAGCACCAAAGCUCCCCUUUUCCUUGUGUUGCGAGUUACCCAGCAGUCAGAGCUACUUCCUCUGAUGCUCUAGGAAGCAGAUAAUGGUUAUUAAACUUAAAUACAAUCAAUGAUGUGGGGCUCCUGAUCCAUUGCAUUUUCAAUGGGUGCGAUAAGUACUUUAAAAGAAGCGUGCAGUCUGCACCUGUUAAACCGGCAUUCUGGAGUGUCUAGGAAGAAGUAGCACUGCUGUUUUGGGCUGCCUUCCAGCUGAGGCAGGCUGUGUUUCCUGCUCUUCUACGCCCACAGUGCUGUUUCCCUUGUGUUCUCUAUAAAAAGGCUCUGAAGCUCAUUCUAGUUUUUGAAAUGCAAAGAUGCGGCAAGGGAAAAGUGGUUUUCCUUGCGAUUUUGCUUGAAUCUAAGUUGAGCAUAGGCUUCACUCUGGUGCUGUCAGACUGAUAACAUCCUUUUUCGGUAGCAGGGCUGCUGGCACACUCCAGUGUGCAGGCGUUUCUGUAGAGUCGCCUCUGCCAAUUCAGUUUGUCCUUUUUGGGGGGAGUGGGGUGAGUGGGAGAUCUAGAAGUGUGAUUGGAAGCAAGGAAGUCAUCUAAUAAUAGAAGCCCUCGAUUUGUAAAAUCCUUAGAGAAGUAAAAGAAAAGGUUGUCAGAUUUAUUUUUCUACGUACUUAACCAGCAUUGGUGGGUUUUGUGGAGGACUUUGAAUUGGACUCAUUUAACUCUGUGAGCAUCUUAGAGUGUAUUGGUAAACCCUGACUUACUCUGAGAAUAUAGAACUCUCAGUAUGACCUGUACCAUUUGAUUUGCUACAUCAGUAACGUUCUAGUUUCAGGGAAGAAAAUUGAUACUCCAUUUUAUCAUGAAGUCCAAAUUUUCCUUUUCUCAGUGGAAUUGGUUUGUUUGCCCCAGGCUUAUCAUUUACACCUGGAACUGAAGUCCCCUGAUUGGUUUUAAUAAUAAUUCCAAAAGAAAGUAAAAUUGGAACAUUUCUUUAAAGGCAGAUGGGUUCUUCAAGUACCCUAAUUAUAUACCCAAGUGGUUUUUCUGGGAGCCGGCACUCUUUUUUGGCUAGCAACGGAACUUUCCCUACGAAAGCCUUGUACUAUGAUGUGAAUUAGCAUUAAAGUCUUUGGAUGCUUUUGCAUUUUUAAGUUAAUGGUAGAAGUAUUUCUUAUUGUCUAAAUUUUAUUGUGUAUGUGUUAACAAAAAGUGGGCAAAAUUUAGUUUCUGUAAAUUUUUGCACAGUGUCUGCAGCCAUCUGUGGGACGGGGCUUGGUACUGCAAAGCUGUGGUUGGAAGGCACUAUAGAAAGGGUUACACACCCUCCUGGUGCACCUUGUCACUCACCUCGGCCCCUGGAGGUACAUUGCAGGAUGAAAAACUUACUUUUUAGAUGAAAUUGACCUUGCUUAUUUAAUCAGAAUUCUUAACAAAGUUCUUAGUUUGCAACAUGAAAAGAAAUGCGAUUUGCCCUCCACUGUGUAUUGAUGAGCACUGCUUGCCAGAAGUAUUUUCUUGUCAUGGUUACGUGUGUUCUUGCUAGGGAGGUGUACAGAGCUUCUCCACCUUGGUUAAGUGCUGGCUUUUGUGGAGCCCAACUCAUCGAAUUGUACAUGCAGCUUGAUUGUCUGCUUGCCAGCACAGGUGGUUGAUUUGGCUAAACCGACUAGUACAUAUGCACAGCCUGCAGUCAGACCCUUCAACAAGAGCCGCUUCAUAUUGUGGUCCUUUUCAGCUCUGGAAUCACCUUGAAGUAAUGACCUAUAAUAGUAAAUAGGUGACCAUUGUUUUCAGAGACGGUACUUUGUUAAAGGUUGGCCUUACGCUUCAGUCACAGUGCCAUCUCGUUACCUGUGUUGUCACAGCUGCACCCAGACCUGACAGAAACUACUGCUUUUCUUUGUGGGGGCAGAAAGCAAAACCUGGGAUAGUGACGCUUACCUAAUUGUUAUUGGGGUUAAGGAAAACACAAACCUGGACUGCGUGAGUUGUGCAUUUUUAAACUUUGUGGAAAAGUUGCCUUUUACAAGUUUACAAGUUCGAGGCAGUUACCCUCCCUUCCUUUAGGGGGCCGUAGGAUGGAAACGAAUUUGUGAGUGAAUGGUUGCAGAAGGUUCGAUGACCUUGGCUGGGGAUGCCGCACAUGCGGCUCCUGUGCUGCGGACGUGUCCACUGGCCCUCCCCUUGCUACACACCCUGCUUUCUGUCUGGUUGCAGAUUUGCACACACAACUAAUUCCUCAGGAAAAGUUUGCACUUGUAUCACCUCGAAAUACUUUGUACUGACCAAACAAAGGAUCUGAACGUCUUUCAGCACAAAAGGAUAACUUCAGAGUGGUGGUCUGUACCCUUACUAGCAAAGGUAACGGUGAUCUAGCAAACAGAAACGGUUUCUGCAAUGCUAAUGUGACCAGGAGCACUCGUGUCAUAGUAUUUAAAUAAUGCUGUUUCACCUACCAGCAUACCCAUCCAAAUUUUGUCUUAUUUUUGAGGCUGGCUGUAUUUUCUUCUGUGUUUGUUUUCUGUUUUACAGCAAGUUAUUCUGUGAUUAUUAUGCAAGCAUCAUUGCCUUUGAGCUAAAAUUCAGUUGUUUAAUAAGCAGCUAUUAAAAUAACUGAGUAUUGUUUUAUGAGUAUACACUAAUCUGAGAUAUUAAAAACUUUACAACUAAAAAGCAAAACAAAGCCUACAUUAGCUCUCCGGCCACUAUUUGGAUGUUUUGAGUUGGGUUGGUUUUUCUGUGGUGUCUCAUUAAGCUUCUUAGCUUGGAGUAUUAUGUUUACUUAGUCCAAGUGUGGGCCUCUUAAGGGGACUUCGGAAUUUUAAGUCAGAAUGUGAAUCCCAAUACUGACAUCUGUUGGAGUUUAUAGGACCUUUUGGGCUAUGGUUACUGUUUUCAAUAAGAGCGCAUCAGAUGAAGGUCACUUUUACCAGAAGUAAGUGGAAGUCGUAGGAGUUCAUGGAGAGAAGGCUCUCCUGUUACUUUCAUUACCCCGUUGAAAUUUAACCCAGCUUCUGGCCACCAGAAUAGAUGAAAGGAACCUUGUCCUUCACAAGGGAAAGGAUUCCUCUUCUGUCCCCACUGUUUCUUAACUGAGUCACUGACAUGCCCCUCCUCCACUGCCUGAGACCCGAUUUUGAGUUUGAACCUCUUCCCAGAGCCGAGUAGCACAGCCUGUACGUAUUUCUGUCGAUGGAGCAGCUGUGGGAGAGUGAAAGAAAGUGCUGAUCAGAGGUACAUUGUCCUAGAACCCUGCUGUGUGCUGCACUGUGCUGGCCGGGAUGGAGCAGCUGUGGGAGAGUGAAAGAAAGUACUGCUCAGAGAUACAUUCUCCUAGAACCCCUCCUGUGUGCUGCACCGUGUUGGCCAGGGUGGAGCAGCUAUGGGAGAGUGAAAGAAAGUGCUGGGCAAAGGUACAUUAUCCUAGAACCCUCCUGUGUGCUGCACUGUGCUGGCCAGCCUGAAAUGAGCUUGGACUGUCUUGUUAAGAAAAAUGUUAAUGGCUUGAACAAUUCUGGGAAGUUUAUAAUGUGGCUUUGGGGUUAAGAAUUCUGUGGAUUGAAAAAUAAACAUUUUGUAUUGAUUUUCACA